AUGCCUAUUACAAAUCGGGAAAAAGAUAGAAUGGCAAGAAGAGCGCAACGUAUUUUUUACAUGAUAUCACCAAUAAAUGACCCUCGAGAUGAACAGCAAUCUUCUUCAACAAUACGACCUAGUGAACUGGAUUCAAUUAACAUUCAGACUGACAAUAUUAUUUAUCAUGAAUAUGAUGCUAAUGGCGUUAGCUCUCUACCGGACAGUCAGUUAUCUUUAGAUAUUCUGAACUCCGUUGAAAAUAACGAAGACAUUCAAACAACGCCUCCAAAUAACAGAAUAUUCAAUAAACCAUCUUUAGUCAUUAAAGAAACAGAUUCGGACAGUGAUUCUUCCUCUGAUGAAUCUUCUAGCUCUUCGAGCAGUUUCAGUUCUAGUUCUUCAAGUAGCUCCAGUUCUACAAAUAACCUAAAAGAUUUCUCAUCCGAUGAUAGUGUCAAAGAUCCUACGUAUGAAGAUCCAUUUUCUGAAAACCGCAAAGCCCAGUCAGAUUCCGAUGAAGAACAACAACCACAAGCACAGUUACCUGGCAUUCGAGACUUUCCGCAAUCAGCCGUGGAUAACCAGAAGUUACUUAAUAUUAAUUCACCAUCACCCGGAGUUGAUGAUCAGCCACCUAGUGUUGACCAGCACCUAUCUAGCAUCGAUGAGCAGUCUCCUAGUGUCGAUGAUGAAUCGCGCAGUAUGUGUCGUAAAAGAAAAGCAGAACCGCUUUUAUAA